AUGAAGACUGGCUCUAUUGCUCUCCUGCUUGCCACCCUGGGUGCUCUCGCUACGCCAUGCACCAAGAGAGCUGCGGCGAGUGACAGCAUCAACGAUCUCUUUGUUGCCAAGGGCAAGGUUUACUUUGGCACAGCUGCCGAUGAGGGUACACUCUCAAAGUCUGCCGUCUCAGACAUUGUCAAGGCGGACUUUGGUCAAGUCACGCCCGAGAACAGCAUGAAAUGGGAUGCCACCGAGGCCACGCAGGGCAGCUUCACCUUUGACACGGCUGAUUAUCUGGUUGAUUUUGCCACGACCAAUAGCAAGAGUAUUCGCGGUCACACUCUCGUGUGGCACUCACAAUUACCUAGCUGGGUGUCGGCCAUCACCGAUGCAGACGAGCUCACGUCGGUCCUCCAAAACCACAUCAUCACUCUUGUGGGCCGUUAUGCGGGAAAGAUCCGCGCAUGGGACGUUGUGAACGAAAUCUUCAACGAGGACGGCUCGCUGCGUAGCUCUGUCUUUUCCGAUGUGCUGGGCGAGGACUUCGUCUCGAUUGCCUUCAAUGCCGCCCAUGAGGCCGAUCCCGAUGCAAAGCUCUACAUCAACGACUACAACUUGGACACGGCUUCCUAUGCCAAGGUGACCACUGGCAUGGUAGCCCACGUGGAGAAGUGGAUUGCCGCUGGUGUCCCUAUUCACGGAAUUGGAUCGCAAACGCACUUGUCUGCGGGUGGCGGAAGCGGAGUCGCUGGCGCCCUUUCUGCUCUCGCUGCCACUGGCGUUGAGGAGGUUGCCAUCACCGAGCUUGACAUUGCAGGAGCUGCCGCAAGCGACUACACGGCCGUGGUCGAUGCCUGCCUCAACGUCGACAGCUGCGUCGGCAUUACCGUGUGGGGAGUCAGCGAUGCGGAUUCGUGGAGAUCUAGCUCGACGCCACUGCUCUUCGACUCCAGCUACAACCCCAAGGAUGCAUACACUGCCAUUGUCUCGGACCUCAGUUAG